AAAACCGAAAAGGGCCACCGAGUCUCUUCUCUUUCUCGUCCCUGAGACGCCCAAUACGUUUCCAAUACUACAUUUAAUAUUACACAUAGGCCAGGGUUUCGAGUCCUAGCUCGGGCAAGGAAAGCGGACAGAGUCACACUCUCUCAGCCUCAGGGCACGGCCAUGGCAAGCUUCACAAAAACACACACAAGAGAGGGUCCACAGGGAGUCAGAAACGACUGGAGGGCACACAAGCACAAGUUCUACCACGAAACUUGGGAGAGAAUCCGUGUCAUGCCCCCCCCCAUGCACACUUUAUCUUUACAACAACCCCGCGAGAUAGACGCUGCGCUCCUGGAUAUGGUGGCUCUAUUGAUUUUAAUGGGAAUACUUUAUCUAGGAACAGACAUCCGGCCAGGGUCUGCCAGGAGAAUAUGGCCAAGUCCUACGAUCACCUCUUCAAACUGUUGCUGAUCGGAGACAGCGGUGUAGGGAAAACCUGUCUGAUAAUCCGGUUUGCUGAGGACAACUUCAGUGGCACUUAUAUCAGCACCAUUGGAAUUGACUUCAAAAUCCGGACAGUGGAAAUUGAGGGCAAGCGGAUCAAACUGCAAGUCUGGGAUACAGCCGGCCAGGAGCGAUUCAAGACCAUCACUACAGCAUACUACCGGGGUGCCAUGGGAAUCAUCCUUGUAUAUGACAUCACAGAUGAGAAAUCCUUUGAGAAUAUUCAGAACUGGAUGAAGAGCAUCAAAGAGAAUGCUUCUGCUGGCGUGGAGCGGCUCCUGCUUGGAAACAAGUGUGACAUGGAGAGCAAGCGCAAGGUGCCCCGGGAUCGUGCAGAGAAGCUGUCCAAGGAGCAUGGAAUCCGAUUCUUUGAGACGAGCGCCAAAUCCAGCGUGAAUGUAGAGGAGGCUUUCAACACUUUGGCCCGGGACAUCCUUCUGAAAUCAAGCAAAAAAUCGGCUCAGCAUGCCAAGGGGCCCGUGGAACUGAAAGGAUCUCAGAAGAGCCACAGCAAAUGUUCCAUGGCCUAGUUGGUGCCCACCCUGCGACCGGAAGAGGCCUGCUCCUACUGUGCCACAGCAAAGGCCUGGCUGGCUGGGCCACUUUCUCUUCUCCCUCCCCUUCACUCCAAAGGGCUUCGGUUUUCUUGCUGUUUCGGGCUGGACUCCAGAGACAGCUGAUGGCAGGCAAGGAUAGGAGGCUGGGACCUCCUCUCUCUUCCUUCUCUUCUCUUUGCUCCUUCAGCUGAGGAAUACUGAUACGUUGGGACCAAGGGUCUCAUGAAAGAGGUUGGGAUUCACUGUGAGGGGAUUUGAAAACAGGGGCUUUCUUUCAGGGGUGGGGGUGGGUAGGUGGGGAUUAGUUGGAGAGAUUCAGCCACAGAGGCACCAGAAUACUCUGGUUAGCCCUGAACGCCAGGAGUUUUCAGGUUGCUCCUGAAUAUGGACCUUCUGUUUCCUAAGCAUGCCUUGGAAGAAGGUUUGCAUACACUAUGAUGUGACUCUGGCCUACAUUAUUCAUAGGAAGGGUUCAGGCUUGUCCUGAUCCCCGUUGCAAAGUGGGGUGUCCCUGCCCCUGCUCCCACACACUUCAAAAUAAACCUAUGCAAAGUCCAAGAUGAUGAUUCUUCAGCAAGGGCUUCCAGCUCUCAUUUUCCUUUUGUAAUCUUUAAAACAGUAUUAAAAUCUUUGCAGCGAUCUCUGGGUGUCUGUGAUGGAAAUGUGGCAACAGCAUACCAGGUGGGGAUAUGACUCCAUCACAUGUACAGAAAGAGAUGUUAAAAAUAAGAUAUCAGAAGGAAUACUUUGGUCUGUCCUCUAUAUAUAGUAUGGGUUCUGUGUAUGAUAACACUCCGUUCUAUUUUUCCUGUCAUAGGAAUUCCUUUCUCAGGCUUCUCUGUUCAUUCCCUUUCCCAUCACUUAAAAUAUUCUAUACCCUAUAAUAGUAAACUCAUUCUUGGGUACUUAUUAUUUUACAUGGCCAAAAUAGCACUAUUCAAUUGUAAAAUGGAAAGAAUUGGCAAGCUUGGGAGUACAUCAAGGUUUGCAAAGGUUACAACAAAAUUUUAAAGGCAGAGGGGAACCUAAAUGGAAGGAAAGUGUCUUCACACUCCUCAAGCAAAGAUGCCUGCAAUCCUGAUAUUGAAAGCCUGGAAAUAUGGAAAGCAGGCAGGGAAAAUCUGCAAAAGGGAAUGGCUGGCACUUGUCCACCUCUUAUUCCUUUGCCAUGCUGGUGUUUGGGGGAAGAAUGAAAACUUGGGAUGCAUCUGCACUACAGAAAUAAUGCAGUUUGACAUCACUUUAACUGCCAUAAUAAUAAUAAUAGUAAUAUAUAUUUUUAUCCCACUCUUCUGUGCAACGCAAUCAAGGCGGCUUACAUUAAA